AUGGUAACCAAGCCCAGGGCCACGGCGCGGCUUGGCUACAGCGUCACUCUGCUAAUUAUUUUCGCAUUACUGGGAUAUGUCGCUGCGACUGAAGAUUUAACGGCAGUGGUCAUCAACUCUAAGAAUUCGGAACGCAAUAUCAGAAUAACGGACGGUAACGCGGAGGACAGAGCUAUCGAUGCUAAAAUUUCGGGUGUCGCGAAACUCGUGGAAGCCUUGAAAUCCAAGAGCCCAUUUGUUGACGGCCUCUUGUCAAAGAUAAAAGCCCACACGCCAGUGUCGAAUCUUCUCGAGAGCCAGCAGUUCAACACGUUGUCGAGCCACAUUUCAGACACUUACCCGGGGAAAGCGGACGAAGUGAUGAUCGCGAUUCUGGCGACGAAGUAUGACGAUGAAGCCCUGACGGCAAUACUGCAUGCAGCGAGGACGAGGGACCAGACGAAGGAUCUUGCUGACAGACUCUCGAAGGCACGGCUCUCUAACUGGUUUCAUGAAGAGGUGACGGCAGACGAUGCCUUCCUGAAGCUAAAACUACCGGCAAGUGGGGACAUGCUGGUGUGGUUUCCAGAGACGCGGCUUUGGCUCUCGUUCGUGUCAAGGCUGCAUCCAAAGAAUACAGACGAUAUGAUCCUCUCUGUGCUCAAGACGCACUACAAAACCGACGAGCAAUUAGGCCACGUGCUUCAAUAUGGUUUGACCCCCAAUGCGGACAUCGCGGCGAGACUAAAGAAGAUCGUGUUCAAGUAUUGGCUACGCGAGCAGAAAUCGGCCGAGAAUGUGUUCGAGUUUCUGCUCAAAAGACACAGAAACUUUGUCUUCCAAACUCGCGAUUUGGACGACUGGGUUGAAUACGUGUAUAUGGUUGACAUGAAGACGCCGCUGACGACCAUGUUCAAGGUGCUAGACAAGCGUUUCGGGCGUGACCUGCCCAACAUGCUGGACAAGGCUUUAAAAGUGCCGCGUACCAAGAAACUUGCUGAAAUGUUGGUGACCAAGCUGUAA